AUGUGUAUGGAUGAAAUAUUAUUAUGUGUUUAUAAAGCACAACUUGACAGUGAUCAGACUCGUCUUCUCUUUAAUCCUCCUUGUCAACUACACGUGCAAAUGAUUCAACUCAUUUCACCCAAUCCCAAUAAUGUUGAUUCCAUAGAUAUUCCAAAAUCCCAAAACGCUUUUCUCUUAUACCGCAAAAAUUAUGCUGCAAAACAUAAAUCUCUUGAGAGUAAAAAGGAUUGGAAAACUCUCUCAAAGGAAGCUGGAAAUUCCUGGAAGAAUGAAUCGGACGAAGUAAAACGUUACUUUAAAAUAUUAGCAAUGUUGGCUUUUGAAAAACAUAAAUUGAUUUAUGAAAAUAUCGUUCAACUACCAAAAAGAUAUAUCUUUAUUUCUCAAGGACCGGAAUUACAACAAGAAACCAAUGAUAAUAAUGCCAAUUAUGUAGAUUCAUCAUCGUAUCGCUUGCACACAAACUAUAAUACAAGCUCGUUUUAUCAACAACAAGAACUAUUACAAGAAGAGAAGGAUUAUAACGAUAAUAGCAAUUUUGCGCAAUAA